CGCUGUUCGGUUAGUUGACCGCGCCGUUGCACAGCAGACGCACCACGUCCGGCGCGUGUGCAGAACAUUAUAACAGCACAGCAGUGCGUUGCCAUCUACCAAGGGAGUUAGGAGAUAGCAGUAGAAGGCGGCGGUCAGGCGAACAAAAGGGGGCACUCGGAAGAACGAACGUGUGUGGGCUCUGUUAUCCCUGUGGAGCGGAACGUGAUCGAGGCGGUUGGAUUCCAAUAUAGGCGCGGACGGCCAGCUGCGGCUUCGGGGAGAGAGCUAUGGACCAGCCAUCGUGGAUGCAAAACACCGGGCAGGCAGCAGCGCCCCCUGGAACCUCUUCGGGCGGCGCUCCCGCUCAACAAAACGCUGGAAGUCGGUCGGGAGACGCGACGGUCGUCCGAUCCGUUUUCCACUUCGUCAACAUCGGUGUGGCGGUGAUGAUGGCGGCCUCGGCAGCCUUCGGGUUGAUCGACUUGAGGAACUUCGAGAACGUGGUGUUGUCGGUCUAUCUCAUGAUAUUCGCCGUGUUGCUCUUUUUGUAUGAGUUCGUGCGAGUAAUGGGAAAUUGCGAGCGGCCCAUGCAGAUCAUGACCAAGAAUUUCGGCUUCUUUUUCGGGGCCAAGGGGCGAGGGCUCUACCUCGUUUUCGUGGGCUUCCUCAAUUUUCCGCUCGAUUUAAACCUGAGCUUUUGGACAGGGGUGGUGACGCUGGGGUGGGGCGUCCUAACGGUGCUGGCCUACAUGAGCCGGCCGGAGUGGUUCGAGGUGCCCAAACCGGCGCAAAGCGCAUCAGUAUGAAGUAGGGAGCCGGAGUGGGGGGGGAGCUGGAGGUGGGAAUCGGUUUUAUUUCUUGUCAAGAGUUUGGGGGGGGGUUGUAUGUAACUGCUGGAGUCGCGUGUAUAGCGCAAGAGCGGAACCUGAGCAGCGGGUGUUCCAGAUGGAGAACAGGCGUGCUAUACGGGGGGGUGCAGGGAGCCCUCUUUUCUCACCUAUUUUUUUUUUCUUUGGCAAAGAGGGGGACUGUGUUUUUGGUCAGCUUGUGUGGCGAACUUUUCAAUCGCCUCCUCAGGUAAACGAACAUGUGGGGCAUAAGAUAGGGCCGCGGAAGACAAGCGCACUAACAGCAAGAAUGUUUGCACGUCGGUGCACGAUAACAGCGCUGGCCUUGACGUUCAGGCUUAUUCAGCCUCUGGCCUAGCGGGCCGGGACAGGUGUUGCUUCCAAAGUGUUUGGUCCUUGUGACUGCGCGAACGGCAACUAUGGUCCGGACAGAUCCAUAGAGCCGCGGGCCACCUUCUAUUCUUCCCCCUCGAGAUUUGCUUUCGGUUGUUUCGCUCUCGUUCCUGUUAAAUAGCGUGACCAGUUUUGAUCCGUUUCCCAAACGAGGAUUUCGUUGGACGGUUGUAAUUUUUUACCGUUCAGGUAAUUUACGAUUCAACUCCACUACAUUUUUAUUUUCGGCAUCGGGAAUGAGGGAAGGGGCAGGAUUGAAGUGUACACCAGUAGGAGAGCUACCGUGGGCGACACAAGUAAUUCAGUGUUGCAGUUCUACCGAAGUGAAGGGUCUCCAUCCGAACCGGCUGCUUUGCGCAGGUGGUCGAUGUUUUUGCAUCAUGCGAAUCUCUGUCAUGCAGGAGCUCGCCAUGUUUUUUCCUGGCUUCCAAAACAGCCCUCUCCAAGCAAUCGCUACCUCACUAUUUAUAUAUAUAAGAUGUCAUGUCUUGAUGCCAUGGCGAAAAAUUACACAAGAGU